AUGAUCAACAGUAUCAAAGACAGAGGAAAAGUCACGAGCAAGAACAAGAAGAGGCAGCCACCAGAAGAGUCCAAUAAAAUAAAAGUUGUCCUGAGCAAGAACGAAGAUAAAAAUGACAUCCAACAAUCACAACAGCAAAAUGCUGAGCAGAAUAUUACCAUCCCAUCAGCAAAUUCACACAUGAACGAUUCUCUCCUUCCAGUUCUCUCUCUUCCUUCUCCUGUUCAACAGCAGCAACAAGAUCAUCCCAGAAAGAGAAAAGAAGAACAUAGUUCAUCGUCCUCACACACAUCUCAUUCUAGAAAUCGUUUGCAGCUAGACAGAAGGUUGCAUGAGAAGCCAGAACAAAAUUUGAACCAGCAACCAAAACGGCAACCGCGUUUUCAACAACAACACUAUCAUAAACAUCUCAUGAAACAAGAUAAAUGUCAACCAAAUUAUCAGCGACAAAAGCAACAUCAUUACGAGAAACAAAUUCAACAAAACCAGCAACAUCAGACACAAAAUCUACUGAAACACCAGAAACAGCAACAACAUCAGGCGCAACAACAACACAAGAAACAAGACCGACGUCAACCAAAUCCGAACCAACAACCCAACAUUCCAGAAAAGGGAAGCGAAUAA